AUGCAUCAAGUCCGCCGGAAUCACUUGGCCGCCAGGAACGUCAUUGAAGAACUCAACUCUCACAGACUGCAUAUAAUCCAUCAACCAUUACUAAGGAACAUAAGUACAAGCCGCAAAUCUGCGUAUACGCCCGCGGAGCAGAUGGAUAGUAAGCAAUCGUCAAAGCUGCCAAGAACCAUCCGCUCAGUGGACUCAAGACCUGCAACCAACGGCGAUGGCAGAAUGCUAAACACGCCGAAAGAUGCAUUCGAGGCUAAUUCCCACCAGCAUAUCAGAUCACUCUGUAAUCACCAACAGGAAGCGAUUCCCACGGAGCGCCAGAGGGGGCGAGCCAAAGCCUCUGUGACUACAAGAACCCCUGCCCAACACACCUAG